AUGGCCUCCAAUGACAAUUGCCAACCGACCGAGGAAAGCGAUUCCGCGCAUCGCAUCAUCAUCACCCCGGUGUCCAGUGACAAUUACCAACCGAUUGAGCCAAGCGAUUCCACGGAUCACAUCACCUCUGCCUCCGAUGAUUCUGAAGUAACGGGGGAUAGUCGACGCCUCGUCAUCGGGCUACUGGCUUCGACCGCGCUCAGGCCCAAUCACUGGCAAGCCACGGACUUCGUGGCGCUCUAUGCCCUGCUUGACUGUUCAGAAGAGAAUAGCUCGUGGCUUUGUGGUGAAGAGAUCCGUAACGGCCCUGGUUUUCUGCUCGGGGACCCAUCUUGCAACGGGAUAAUGUUCGAACCACCACCGUUUGAAGAAAUCUUCGAUACAGCAGAGCCAGUCGGAAAGACCAGAAAACUCGUAGAAUUCCGCUGCGCUUACCUUCAGCGCAUACGGGACUGCGUACCUUGGCUUAAUUCUCAUGAUACCUUAUUUCUUGUAAUCUGUGGGCGUGGUUCAGAAUUGGGAGUUGUGUUUUUGGGCAACGCAUACAAUCACAUCACCCUUCAUCCAGCGGAACUGGAGUGCGCUUUAGAGGACUGUGUCGCCAAAGUUUACCUCAUUACUACUGCUUGCUUUUCGGACUCCUGGAAAAGUCAGCGAUGGACUCUUAUUGCACCUGGAGUAGAUCAGGAAACAGUGUCGAUUGCAGAGUCGGACUCUGGCCAUUUUCGCGGUGGGGUCUUCACCAGAGCCUUUUUAGCAGAGCAUGCCGACCAGCAUGAACAAAUUGAACAUGACUUUGUGCCCCCUCAUCAGGAACAGCGACAUCUGAUGCCCUUGCUGCCGCACAAGCGUACCUCAGAAGUAUUAAAAUGGUUGCAUCGACUGCAAGAUGACAUGGGACAAAACGAUUUCCCAAUCUCCCCACGUCGGGAAGAUGAUACUUUUUGGAAACUUUUGUUGGCCAGUGAUCUUACAAGCUCUCCACUGGCAACCAUUCAGCAGAAUAAUGUUCAGCCACCAUCAUCUGAAGCCGCACCUGCCUCUGGUGGUGACUCAUUGCCAAACCUGCAAAAUAAAAAUGAAAAGGUGCUCCUCAGCCUUGCUAGGGACCACCUUCAAUUUGCACCACCAGAGACCCUCAGUGAAGUCUGCCUUUUCCGCAAUUGCAAUGCUCUCGUGAACAAUCAACACCGUCUUUAUGGGUCACUUACAGCUGAGGAGAAAGCUGAGACCCUGAAAGUUCUCAGGCAGAGGCACAAUUACCGGUUCCUCGCAUGCAGCAUUUCUCAAAAGCUGGGAUGGCAAGAUGCCGUCAUAACAGUUGGCUACCCCUUCGACGAACAGCGAGAGCGGGACCACAACUUGAGUCUACAAGCUCGGGCGGCGGACCACGGCUACCUUUUCUGGAAUCUCCAUGUAUUGCAAUUCAACACGCUGUGGAAGGGUGUUGCAGGAUGGCUUGCAAGAGUCUGGGAAGCUGCCGGGGAACCUACGAUAAAUGCAAAGAAGUGGAAGGAAACUUUAGAGGAUUGUUCUGAGUUUGCUGGUAUCACAUUAAAUUCUGCAGAAUAG